UACAUCCUCUAAACAAACGUGUUGUUCCGCGUGUCAGUGUUUUGAUAAGGCACAGACGCGCAGCGAUUGCAACUAGCGCUGAAUUAACUAGUUAAUUUUUAACUUUUCGCUGACUGACUGACGCUGUUCCGAUCAGCAAUGUCGUUCAGAGACCCCAGAGGGAGAGACAACAUGAACCGUUGGGGACGUGGCGGUGACGACGGCCCCCGAGGCAGCCUCAAGGGCAGGCAACCGGGCGAGCGUCUGCGCAAGCCCAAGUGGGACCUUUCAAGGCUGCCUCCUUUCCAGAAGGACUUCUACAAGGAGCACCCCACCACCGCCCACAGACCCAAGCACGAAGUGGACGUAUACCGGAAGCAGCACGACAUCACCAUCCGCGGCAAGGACGUUCCCAACCCUAUUCUGACGUUCGAGGAGGCUAACCUGCCGGAUUUCUGCAUGUCGGCAAUCCGUCAGGCACAGUACAACACACCGACUCCCAUUCAGGCGCAGGGUUGGCCGAUCGCCCUCAGCGGACGGGAUAUGGUCGGCAUUGCUCAGACCGGAUCGGGAAAGACGCUCGCGUACAUUCUCCCAGCAAUCCUCCACAUCAGCCACCAGCCAUACCUGGAGCGCGGUGAUGGUCCCAUCGCCUUGGUGGUGGCCCCGACCCGAGAGUUGGCCCAGCAGAUCCAGCAGGUGGCGUCGGAGUUUGGCAGGGCCUCCCGCAUCCGCAACACCUGUGUCUUCGGUGGCGCUCCAAAGGGACCGCAGAUCCGAGACCUCGAGAGGGGAGUGGAGAUCUGCAUAGCAACCCCUGGCCGGCUUAUUGACUUCCUCGAGGCGGGCAAGACGAACUUGCGCCGGUGCACCUACCUUGUGCUGGACGAGGCUGACCGCAUGCUCGACAUGGGCUUUGAGCCACAGAUACGCAAGAUCGUCGAGCAGAUUCGGCCGGACCGUCAGACCCUGAUGUGGAGUGCCACCUGGCCCAAGGAGGUUCGGUCGCUGGCCGAGGACUUCCUCAAGGACUACGUGCAGAUCAACAUCGGGGCCCUGCAGCUGUGCGCCAACCACCGCAUCCUGCAGAUCAUUGACGUCUGCCAGGAGUCCGAGAAGGACACCAAGCUCUUCAAGCUGCUGCAGGAAAUUAUGAACGAGCGUGAGAACAAGACCAUAAUAUUUGCCGAGACCAAGCGUAAGGUGGACGAGCUGACGCGCAGGAUGAGGCGCGAUGGUUGGCCUGCCAUGUGUAUCCACGGAGACAAGUCGCAGCCGGAACGAGACUGGGUGCUCGGAGAGUUCCGAAGUGGCAAGUCUCCAAUCCUGGUCGCUACCGACGUUGCUGCCCGAGGAUUGGAUGUGGAUGACAUCAAGUUUGUCAUCAACUACGACUACCCGAAUUGCUCGGAGGACUACGUGCACCGCAUCGGGCGGACGGCCCGCUCAAACAAGACUGGCACAGCGUACACCUUCUUCACGCCGGGCAACUCCAAGCAGGCCCAGGAGCUCAUCUCGGUCCUCAAGGAGGCCAACCAGGUGGUCAACCCCAAGCUGUUCGAGAUGUUCGAGAUGUCCCGCUCCUACGGAGGACGCGGCGGUCGCAACCGCUGGCGCACAUCAGGCGGUGGCGGACGUAGAAAUGACUAUGACGAUGACAACCGCCACGGAGGGCGUCGCUACGCCACCGGGGCCAACGCCUACAACCCGGGCAACAACGACUACACCACCUCCAACAACUCAGACUUGCCCAACAGCAACUACGGAUACGGCAUUUCAAACUCGAACCAGUCCUCGCACCAGUCGUCCCACCAGCAGUCGCACCAGCAGUCGCACCAGAACUCGCACCAGCAGUCGCACCAGAACUCGCACCAGUCAUCCUCCCACAACAACCACCACAGCAACUCGGGCCCAUCGUCCGGCAUGGGCAGCGGUGGCGGAGGCGGCGGAUCGAUGAUGGGAAUGACGUCUAUGGGACACAUGGCUCCCAUGACGCCCAUGAUGGGCCACAUGAUGCCCGUCAUGCACAUGUCCAACGGGCAGUCGUACAUGAUGGCACCCAUGCAACAGCAGUCCGGAGGGCAGCAACAGUCUUCGCAGCCGCAACAACAGUCCGGCGGUCAGCAGCUUCCCCACAGUCUGUUGGGACCACCACCGCCGCCCCCACCACCGCCGGGCGUCACCAACGGCGCGUGGUAGAAAGCUGUCAUUCUGCGAGCUGGACUCUUUGUUUUUAUUUUUGACCUCUUGGUUUUUAGAUCUACGUGCAACAUUAGGGACAGCUGCGGUGGCGCCGGUUUGUUGCGUUCAGUACACCCCAAUGAUUAUCUGUAAAAACGAGGCAACUGUACUUUGCGUUUUAUUUAAGAUCCCCAGAAAGAGCAGUUGUGACGCGACAAUAGGGAAUGCUUUCGUCUGGCAGUCCUGUCUUUUUUCGUGACCAGAAUCGACAGUUGGGUUUGGUGGUUCUCAGUUGCGGCUUUGUGUGAGAUGACAGUGAAGCUGGGAGCAUCAGUACAACCACUGCUCUGUCACUCCUGAAACGAGUGAUAGCUUUGAGAUGAGGGAGUUCGCUUUCCUUUUUAUCCGAAAUAUAAGAGCACACUUGAGCUGAGUGUAAAAGCUAGGUGUGCCAGAGGUGGCUAGACAGGUAUCCAUAAUGUUGAUGCCGAGCUAAAAUAGCAAGCCUGCAUUUCAUCACUGGCAGAGUUCUUCGAAAAGACAGUAGAAGGGCCACCACUGCUGUGCAUGCUCACAGCUUGAAGGCAGCACUGGUGUCAGCUGGUGUUAGUAAGCAACACGCAUGUGUUGCGACUUUCUUGUUCCUAAAUGAAGGAACCUAAUUUACAAGCACGACCCUGUGAGAUCUCGUGUAUUCGCCGCCACAUUCAUAAAGAGGAGUUUGUCAUGUAGAAGCGCGGUAAUGGCUUUUGUCAACCUUGCAAAUCCUCAACCUUGCAUUCACUUAUUUUAAUGCGCUGGAUUACGUAGCGGUUCUAAAAGCGACACCUGCAAAUACUAUCAGACGAUAACCGCUUUGCUCGAAAGUUUCUUGGUUUCCAUAUCUUUAUGCUUUUCGUGUUCUCCACACCUCCUUAAGCCACUCUGUCGGCGAUGUCACUUGCUACAGACAAAAUCGUGGCUGAAGAUGACACAUCUACAGGGUAUGCACACUUGGCCUUUGUUUCCGAUUCGGUGUCACUCAUCCCAAGCAUCUCGACGUUACGGAAACACUGAAGUGUCUGAAGCAAUUGUCACAUUGUUUGCAGCGUUACGUUCAUCUUAUAUCAUUUGCACAGGUUUGCAGUCGGCGGUUGUCCUUCAGUAACAACAGAAAGCAUGAAAGUUUUCUUUCUGUACACCUAUGCCGCUUGUUUAUGCAAUGCAUACCUCCCUUUUUAUCGUUACAAACCAUAUCUGUCUAGUAAUGAAUGUUUGUCAUACAUACCCAGUUUUUUAAGAGGUGUCUUCUUUUUUUUUUUUUUUUUUUCAGUUUGCAUAGCACAAUCUUUUUUUACAAGCUUGGAACAUAAGCAUUUUCUUUACGAAAACGUGAACUGUAGUGUUGUUCUAUUUGUUUAUUCUCAUUUGUGGUGAGAACAGCAGUUCAAAAUAAUAGUAUCCCCCCCGGUGCCAUUCAAUGCCUGCAUUUCUCGUGCUGGCAGUUAAAAUAUAAAGCCCACCAAUUUUAAUAGCAAAUGCACUGAUUCAUAAGACAUGUCAUCGUCACUGGCUUCGUCAACCAACAUUUUAUCACCUAAUGUGUGUGCAUAUUUAGUCAUUCAAAAUGUAAGCCUCGUUUCAUUGCUGCAUGCACGUUUUAAAUGAUCGUGCAACUAUGAGAAUUGUGAAACAUGGUGUAGUUUUAGUGUGACGCCUGCCGGUGUUCUUCGGAUUUAAGUAUUUGUCUGUUUAUGUGAGCCACUUCCACAGCUGUCAACGUUUCUUUUUUUCUUUUCCCCCCAAGCAGGCUGCUCCCUCUGUAACCCUUUUUAUAACCAGUGAAAUUGGCGCAGGAAAUAAAACAUGUUCUUAUUGUAA